CAAAAAACAGUCACGUCAUCGUUCUUAGCAACGCCCCUCCGUCUCCAUUUGAACCGUACUAUUUGGCCACGCCCCUCCCCCCGCCGUCUCCGCGGUAACAGUGGGCGGGACUAAGGAGCAACCCCGCCCUUCUUUUCCUCCUCUCUCUCCCUUUCUGGCUCUCCACAGUCCUGGACUAACGGAGCUGCUCAGGAUAAGGGAGUUUAAAACAGCCUGAGAAUAAAAACUACAGACCACAUUCAGCCACUUUCCACUCUCCUGCCUUUCCCUUCAUCUGGACGGCAGAUAAAAUAUAGAAUUUGCCAUGGAGGAUCUGGGAAUGCCUGACCCGUCUAACUACCCCCUCAACCCUCGCAUUGUUAUGUUUGAUGCUCUCCUGGCCGAUCUCGAGAGUUCCGCCUCUCCUCUGGCCCGCUGCCCCGUCCUGUUGACCUCUGACCCUCCAGCCAACACCGAUACCCCACCCAACAGCGUCCAGGACACCGCUCAGACCAGGCCUCCUCCGCCUGCGUACACACCCCAGCAGACUGUUUCUGCUGCGAUGAAGACAAACGGCUCUCAGAACCCGAACCCCGACAAACUCUACAGUACUGUCUGCAAGCCUCGCUCGCCCCGCUCUCCAGAGCCUCCAGCCUUCUCCUCGUCCUCAGUGCUGGGAGGUGGUCUCAGUGAGCUGGAUCAUUUACUGCAGGAGCUCAACGCCACCCAGUUCAACAUCACAGAUGAAAUUCUGGCCCAGUUUCCCACCACUAAAAAGGACGAGCGGGACAAACCUCCAAAAUCCACUUCCUCCUCCGGCUCAGCGAAGCCCUCAGCCACCUCUGCUACUCUGGAACUGGACAAACUGAUGGCGUCUCUGUCGGACUUCAGGGUGCAGAGCACACCAACUGCACCAGUCCAUGCAGUGGUCACUCCUCCACAGCAGCCCGCGGCCCCUCCCCCAGCCUCGUCUGGCGGCUCCCUGGACAGCAUGCUGGGUCUUCUCCAGUCCGAUCUGAGCAGGCAGGGAGUGCCCACUUCCUCCAAGGGAAACUGCUCCGCCUGCCAGAAGCCGGUUGUUGGACAGGUGGUGACGGCCCUGGGCCGAGUUUGGCACCCGGAGCACUUUGUGUGUUCUGAGUGCGAGUGUGAACUGGGAAACCGGAACUUCUUUGAGAAAGACAGCCGGCCGUACUGUGAGCCUGACUACUUCAGCCUGUACUCGCCUCACUGCGCACAGUGCAACAAGCCCAUUCUGAACAAAAUGGUCACCGCGUUGGAUAAGAAUUGGCAUCCCGAGUGCUUCUGCUGUGUGAAGUGCAAUCGGACGUUUGGAGAUGAAGGGUUCCAUGACCGUGAGGGGCAGCAGUACUGCCAGCAGUGCUUUUUGGCCCUUUUUGCCUCCCGCUGCCAAGGCUGUUCUCAGCCCAUCAUGGAGAAUUACAUCUCCGCCCUCAACGCGCUGUGGCAUCCGCAGUGCUUCGUCUGCAGGGAGUGUUUCAGUCCGUUUGUGAAUGGAAGCUUCUUCGAGCACGAGGGCCAGCCGUUAUGUGAGGCGCACUACCACCAGUCCCGUGGCAGCGUGUGCCAGGCGUGCAGGGAGCCCAUCCUGGGCCGCUGCGUCACGGCCAUGGGCGCCAAGUUCCAUCCCCACCACCUGGUGUGCAACUUCUGCCUGAAGCCGCUCAGCAAGGGCUGCUUCAAGGAGCAGGAGAACAAACCCUACUGCCACCCCUGCUUCCUCAAGCUCUUCGGCUGAGGAGGCCCGUGCGGUCGGAUGUGCGGUAGGGGGCAGAUUAGAGAUUAAAGGGAGGCGGAAUUUCUUUCAGCUCUCGAUCAGGAUGUCCAGAAUACUCGAUUUAGGAAGGAGAGCCAAGCAAAUGAAGCUAAAGAGGCGGUGUCUGAAGUUUGCUUCUUUAGGUUUGCACUGGAGCUACGAGGCUAAUGUAGCUAACGAGGAAUGGAUGCUUAUGCCCCAGCAGUUAGCAUGGUGCCCACUGCAGGCCUGAAUCAUCACACACACCGGGUCGAGUUGUUCAGUAAUCUCAAAUAGACUUGCUUGGGUAGUUUCUGACACUGUCAAAGUGAUAUCUAUAAAAAACUCUUACAACUCGAGUUUAAAAGCUCUUAAAAACAUAACAGCAGUGUUAAAAUGUUUUAUGCUGUUCUGUGUUCAGGAAAUGAUUGUAUUAUUCUACAUUAAAAAUGUUUAAGCAUUUAUAAACUAUGAUUUUGCUCAAAUGCUCCAUAAUAACCCAUUCAUUUUGGACCCGCUCAGGAGCGCCCUCUAGUGUUAGAGAAACCCAGAAGACAUUAUGGAGUGGUAAUUCUCCUCUCUACAAGUUCUCUGGCAGUACCACCUUUAGGGUUUCAAACUGUGUCCGCUAAUAUUAACUCUGCACUCCUGGCUCUGGCACAAAACUAGAGAAGCAAACUUCAGAUGAGAGAAUUUUUCCAGCUACGUUUGGGGUUAAGAGGAAAAACUGGCUGUACUGGGUUGUUUUCUUGCUUCUUUUCACUCUUUUCCAAAUAAUUCUGGCGAACGCAAUAGAACAAAAAAAAUUGGGUCACCCUUUAUUUUGAUAAUCCCCUGUAGAUUAUCUACUUUAAUUUAAUUAGUUAACAGACUAUCUGGUGACACUCAGGGUCAGGAUUGGGUUUAGAUUUUGGGUUGAAGUUAAGCUUAGGUUUAGGUUCAGAGUUAGAUUUGAAAGAAUCUACCACAUUAAACGUAAAGCUCACUUCAGUUUAGUUAAAUGUUAGUUAACAAUGAAAGGUGAUGGAAGGUGAGCAUCUACAAAGCAUCUCCAGUGGACUCUCAAAAUAAGGUGAUACCAAACAUAUUUCAUAUCUGUGAUAUCAUAAGCUGAUAUUCAUUUUUUUUUUUGAAAACAGUACCAGUCAAAAGUUUGGACACACCUUUUUUACUGUUUUCCACAUUUUAGAAUCACAGUGAAGAUUUCACUGGACAUAUUAUUUUACAUAUAUUGUUAACCCCCUUUUACCCUGUUCUUCAGUGGUCAGGACCCCCAUGGACCCUC